AAGUCUUGAGAUGCUGGUACCGAGGCUUACAAAACAACACAAGAAAACACCAAUGAGAGUCCACUUCAUGGCGGCAUUUGGGUCGACGUGGAAAUUGUAUGUGAACAAGUAUAAACCGUUGUAUCAAGAUAUGUCGGUGUAGAAAUCUGAUUAGAAGAAUACGCAAACCAUGGCAAGCGAAAGUAACAAAGUUGAGAGUCAAGCAUUGAAAGAACAACUGCAGAAUUUCACAGAAGCAAAGUCCUUGCUUUCCAGCAAAGAAGAUCUUUGUUUCAAUAUUGACAAAUUUGUGGCCCUGGACUUCCAUGUUGAUCAGUUUGUUUCUGAAUGCAAAGACAGAGUUUCUCUCCACACACUACGAGAAGAUCUGGAAAGUCAUUACAAAAACAUCAGAGUGGCACUUAUUGAUCUCAUUAAUCAAGAUUAUGCUGACUUUGUUAGCUUGUCAUCAAAUUUAGUUGGUAUGGAAAAAAGUAUUGAGCAUCUGAGGCAGCCUUUGGGUCAGUUGAGAGAAGAAAUCAGGGUGAGCAGAAAAGGACUUGAUGAUGAACUCAGCUUGAUUAACCGUAAACUUAAUCAUAGAAAACAAGUAAGGGAGAAAAAGACAAAGUUACAACAUCUAUUGAAUGUUGUUAGUUCUUUGGAAAAGAUAGAGAAAAUUCUAUUUGCUAAACCUGGCUCUUCAGAAAUGGAAAUCUACAUGGAUGGCAACAGGGAGUCAAUGGGCAAUUUUUUAGAAAGAGUUGCCGGUGAAUUCAACCAGCUCCAGUUUCAUGUUAACCAAAGCAAAGGUCAUAAAAUCAUAGAUAGCAUCAAAUCGCGAGUCUCGCUGAUAACUUCUAAGCUACAAGAAAGCCUAGAAUCUUCUUUUCUGGACGGCCUAGCCACAGACCAGUCAGAGCUGGUUCUUCGCUGUUUACGCACGUAUGCUUUGAUCGAUAAAACUGGACACGCUGAAGAUUUGUUCCGUCACAAUUUUGUCAAACCUCGGAUAGAGAGGUUGAUCAGUGAAGAUUCCCACAAAGGGAAAGGUUUGCAAACUAUUUGCGAUGACGUCAUCCACUUUGUCAAGUCAGACUGUCAAAUGGUGAUUAAACUUACCACUGAGAAGCAGCAAACAUCCACCAAGGACGAAAAAGAGGAUAUUGUCAAGGGGUUUGAUUUCCUUGUUAAUACUGUCUGGCCAGAGAUCGACAAUGCUUUUGAAACGAGACUCUCUUUCAUUUUCUCACCUGGAAACCCAGAUCUGUUUUUUCAGAGAUACACAAUAUUGAUGAAAUUUGUCGAUGAAUUCGAAGACUGUUGCACUUCAUUCGAUAGUCUUCAAAGACUAAGAGCUCACUCCAGCUACCAAACGUUCAUGGCAAAGUGGAGUCUCCCUGUGUAUUUUCAGAUAAGAUUUCAAGAAAUUGGGGGCAGUGUUGAAGCUGCUAUUGACAAUCCUUUUAAACGAUCGCCUGAAGGAUCCGAGGACUUGUUCUCCAUUAAUAUGGUGACAGUGGUAUGGAAGGCCUUAGACAGAUGCUGGGAUGACAAAGUGUUCAUGCGACCUUUGCUAAGCCGGUUUUGGAAGCUUUUUCUUCAGAUUCUUGGAAGACUGAUCGUUGCUUUAAAAGACAUAUCCGAGGAAGUGGUUUCUUGUACGGUGGAUGCUUCUGAGCCAGAGGAAAAAGAUGCACAUGGGUCCAAACCAGUUACAAAACACAACCUGAUCGAUAUUGGUGUAUUAUGUGGUGAUGUCUUCAAAUUGAAUGCAAAGGUAUCUCAGCUGUUCAAUGAGAAGGUGAAGCCACUUUUAGAAACAAUAUGUCACAGCUCAUGUGAACAACACGAAGAUGCAUUUACAGAGACUUUACAAGGAUUUAAGCAUCACAUGGAUUCUUUUUCAAAUCAUUUCGUCAAAUGUCUUUCGGAUGAAGGAUCUCAGCAACUUGAGAAUACCAAGAAUAUUCCACGCCUUUAUCGAAGGACUAAUCGUGAUCCACCAUCACAAGCAUCAGCUUAUGUUACUCUUGCGUUUUCACCAUUGAAAAGUUUCAGUGAAGAUGUAAAUGCUUGCUUUGACAAAGAAAAUCUCACUGACUUAUUGCAGAAAACAGUCUUUGUAAUGACAUCCAGAUAUUAUGUCAUCGUCGAUGAACUUGUUGCCUCAAUAAAGAAAACUGAAGAGAGUCUCCAGCGACUUAAGCGGCUGCGUAAAGGAGCUGAUGCGGCAGUGACACAAACAUCAGCUUCAAAUGAUAUGUCUGAUGAAAACAAAAUUCGCAAGCAAUUGCUUCUUGAUGUGCAACAAUUUGGAACUGAGGCUUCAACAAUAACAGGAAUUCAGAUGGAUACUCAUGCUGAGUAUAAAAAACUUUUGGAACUUGUAGUUAAUGUAAAUAAGACAAAUUAAUGAUAUGAAAUUCUUCACGGUUACACAUAUAUUUUGAUCAUAAAUACAGCAAUUUAGAAUUAUGUUUUUUUAUUCUAGUUUUUCAACAGCCCUGAAAAGCUCUUUGAGGGUUGCAACAUGUUUUGAAAGUCUCUAUUAUAUUUUGAAGACCGACUUUGAUUAUGUUUGAUUGCAAUUUGCUGCUAAUGUAAUUUCAAAAAUCUAUAUUUGAAGAGCAAUACACAUACUUCCUACAAAUUGUGUUAUUGCUGCUGUUACCGCUAAUCUAUUUUACCAUGGGUAAAACUGCUGUGUUCUAUCAUAUUCUAUCUAGUUAAGGAUCAUCAACUUUUAGUAACACUAAAAUGUUUGAAAAACACUGAAAGUGCAAGUACUGCUCAAAAAUAUUUCUUGGUUGAUUAUAAAAAGUUUCCAUUUUUUAACUACUCCUUCUCAAAGUUUUGUAAAUCAACAUGGGGUUCCUUCACUUUGCUCUUAAGCACCCCUACCAACAAUAGCCUCAUGAGCUGAAAAAACUUUCUGUUGUUAAUUGGAGGAAAAAAUUCAAUGUGUACAAUAUACAAUUAAUAAAUAAUGUACAAAUACACAAUGGCAUAAGAUGAUAUUGCAAUUGAAUCCUGUUAAGUGGUACCUUCAAGGGAUAUAAAGAAAUGGUCUGAUUUAGGAAAUUUCUGUCUUAUCCAGGAUACGAUUUUUAAUUUGAAUAAGGUUAAAAAAUCAAUGGAAAUUGACAAUCAGUCUGACUUAGUAAAAGUCCAGGUUAUCUAGGGUACAAUGUAAUGGAAUUCAACUGUAUAUAUGUAUAUAUCCCACUACUACCAAAUUUACUGCUCUUCUGUUAUCCUUUGCACUUUCCCAGAAGCCUUGAGAAUGAUAAUCUAUUUAUAACGUGUUCACUAAUUUACAUAAGAAUAAAAACCUAUUAAUUGAUUCAACUGUCUUUGUUUUCUUGACCGCUACAAUUAAAGGGUACGUAAUUUAAACAGAUUAACUGCACUUGAGGUUUGGACAAAUCCAAGUGAAAGUUAAUCCAUUGUGAAUAUUCUGGAGGCGAUGUCAGAAGUUAUCCAGUCCAUUCCUUCAAGAAGAUGAUCUCCAGUUACAGCACUGCACCCACAUAUGUACCAGUGAUGUGUUUUUAUUUCAUCUAAACUCAAGGCCUAAAAAAAGACAAGAACUAAUAUCUUGAAAAUUUAAUUAAAAACAAAAAUUAAUAAUCAUCAAAAUUAAUUAUUAUUUUCACAAAAUGCUUACUAUGCUAUAAUCUAGUUACUGCAUACUUUGAGGGAAAAACCAAUUAAUUAUGCUAUACCUAAAGUAAAUUUUAAAUAGGUUAAAAAAAAGCUAAAUAAAAAAUUAUGAAUAAUAAAAUUAUUCAUAAAAAUAUGUUGUAGCUUGGCACACUGUAAUGCUGCUUUCAACUAAAGGAGUGAUUAAUUGCAACCUAUUUUCUUUCCUCUUUUUUUAAAAUUUUUUCCUAAUUUUGAAUAACAUUUUUUAGAGACCAAGUAUGCCAAUAUUUUGCACUGGAAAAUAAAUUUAAAGCAAGUAUUUUAUCAACAUAUUUCACUGUAUGUUCAAAAUUUUUGCAUUAAUUAGUUCAAA